GAGUUGUAGACUGGUUUACCCAGCUAUACUAUUGGCUGAAAUUAUCAGAAUUAACAUACGAAGGUUCCUACUGAAACAUAUCUUAUCCUCUUGGGAUUAUUAUUUAAACAAGUGCCAACUUGACCUUCCUUGGCCUUGCAAUGCAAGGCCCUAUCUUGGUCCACAAGGUCAAACAACUUGGCAUCCCAUGGGCCAUGCCACACUCUGAAUAUUUUAGCACAGAUGUUCAGAGCACACCUUGCCAUUGGGAGAUGCAGAUGCAGUGUACAUAAACCAGCAGAACAGGCACACUCCUCCCUCCAUCCGUUGGUCAACACCAAAAGAUCACAAGUCGAUGGCAAUGGCCUUCGCUGAACUCUCCCUGUUUGUCCUCCUGCUUCCCCUGCUAUACAUCUCCUACCACCUCACAACAACUCUGAGCGAGAAGAAGCCCACCACCCAUGGACUCAAAGCGCACCCGUUCCUCGGCCACCUCCCGGCGUUCCUCCAGAACCGCCACCGCUUCCUCGACUGGUCGACCGAGCUCAUCCUCGGCAGCCCGGAGCUGAGGAUGGGCUUCUGGAUCCCUGGGAUGCGGACCGGCAUCGUCACCGGCAACCCGGCCGACGUCGAGCACGUCCUGCGCGCCAACUUCGCCAACUACCCCAAGGGCGAGCACGACAUCUCCAUGCUCGAGGACUUCCUGGGGCACGGCCUCUUCAACUCCGACGGCGAGCAGUGGCUCUGGCAGCGCAAGAACGCCAGCUUCGAGUUCAGCAAGCGCUCGCUCCGCAAGUUCGUCGUGGACGUCGUGCAGGCCGAGGUCGCGAAUAGGCUGCUCCCGCUGCUUCGCAGGGCCGGCGGCGAGGCCGGCGUCGUUGUCCUCGACAUGCAGGACGUGCUCGAGCGGUUCGCGUUCGACACCAUCUGCAUGGUGGCGUUCGGGCACGACCCGUGCUGCCUUGCAGACGGAGGGAUCUUGGCGGAGGCGAAGUCCGACUUCAUGCGCACGUUCGGCGAGGCGCAGGACCUCAUAGUCGGACGAUUCUUGGACCCCGUCGAGGUGUCAUGGAAGAUCAAGAAAUGGCUCAACGUUGGCACUGAGCGCCGCCUGAAGAAGGCCAUCGCCGACAUCCAUGGGUUCGCCAUGGAAAUUGUCCGUGCGCGGCGCCAGAGUUCGUCGGUGGAAGACAGAGACGACGUCUUGUCGAGGUUCGUGGCCAGCGACGAGCACGGCGACGAGGUCCUCAGAGACAUCGUCCUCAGCUUCCUCAUCGCCGGGCGCGAGACGACGUCCUCGGCGCUGACGUGGUUCUUCUGGCUUGUGUCGUCGCGGCUGGACGUGGUGGCACGCAUCGCGGACGAGGUCCGCGCGGUGCGCAUGUCCACCGGCACGCGCCCCGGCGAGCCGUUGGGGUUGGACGCGCUCCGCGACAUGCACUACCUGCACGCCGCGCUCACCGAGUCGAUGCGGCUGUACCCGCCGGUGCCGAUCGACUCGCAGUCGUGCGCCGCGAACGACACGCUGCCCGACGGCACGCACGUCGGCGCGGGCUGGUCCGUGACGUACAGCUCGUACGCCAUGGGGCGGCUCACGGCCAUAUGGGGCGAGGACUGCACGGAGUACAAGCCGGAGCGGUGGCUCGGCGAGGACGGCGCGUUCCGGCCGGAGAGCCCGUUCAGGUUCACCGUGUUCCAUGCAGGGCCGAGGAUGUGCCUGGGGAAGGAGAUGGCGUACGUGCAAAUGAAGUCGAUCGUUGCUAGCGUGCUCGAAGAAUUUGUGGUCGACGUAAAGAAGGAUGCCGGCGGCGGUGUGCCCGAGCACGUGCUCUCCGUGACGCUCAGAAUGAAAGGGGGCUUGCCUGUGCAAGUAAGGAGAAGGGUGGUGGCUGGAACUGCAAGUGCUGAAUGACCAGAGCAUCGGUAACAUAGUUUCAUGUCUCUCUUUUGCUUAAAAUUUUUAGUCCGUUU